CUUCUUGUCCGACAGCAUCCAGCAGAUCUCAGACACACGGCCUGGAUGCGCCGCCAUGGCUCGGAGAUCCGCGCUGGCGCUGGCGUGGAUUUGCCUCGCUUUGCCGCGAUGCAUUCGUGCGGCCGGGAAGCACGCACACAAGGAGUACCAGCAGGUGGCUCUGCCGCACCAUUCCUUCUCCAUCCCGUUAGAAUACAGCAGCCUGCUGGGUGACUGGAUGCUGAGUGGCGCGAGCAUCUUCGAGAGGCAGCGGCUGUUGCUGCACCCCGGGGUCUUGGAACGCCAGGGCUUCGCGUGGACGAAGCGACCCCUGCAGACCAACAACUUCGAGGUGAAAUUCGGCUUCCGAGUUUCGGGCUCCGCGGACAUCUCGAAGGCGCCUCAGGAUCAAAGCUUUAGCUUCUGGUUCGUGCGGGAGAACGUCUCGGACCACUUCAACGAGACGCGGAUGAUCCGCGCUCCUUCCUGGACAGAGGGGCUGAAGGAGCAGGGCUACACUCUCGGUGGCUCCCAGGCGCUCUUCGAGGGUGUGGGGGCGGUCUUCUCCACGGUGACGGCGGACAAAAAGCCCAAUGCCGCCAUCUCCUUCGUCAGCAACGACAAGCAUCAGAGCUUGAGCUAUGGCGUGGACGUACCCGCGGCCAGCGCCAAGGUGAUCGAUUUCCGGAACAAGAAGGAGGUGGAGUUCAAUCUGAGGGUUCAGCCCACGCUGGUGCAGGCCAGCAUCACAGUGGAUGGCACCACCCAGGAGUGCUUCAGCGUGGAUCGCAAGGGCUUCCCAGUGAAGGCGGGUGGCUACAUUGGAUUCACGGCCUGGAGUGGUGCGGGUGAGGGCAAGGUGCCCGACUCGGUGUCCUUGACCAAGGUGGAGGUGGUGAACUUCGACGACGAGGCCAUCGGCGAGGACGUGGUCGGGGCCUCCGCGGCGGAGAUCAGCGAGUACACCGCCAUGAUGUCCUCCGACUCACGGCAUUUCCAAGACCAGAAGUCCCAGACCGACCACCUCGCCAGGGUGACAAAGAUGCUAUCGUCGCAUCUCAACGAAGUUAAGCCGGCCUACGACGUGAUGGCCUUCCAGAUGUCCGGCAUGAUGGACUCGCUGCAUAAGCUGGACCGGGACUGUCGGAUCCUCUCCAAGGAGCUGCGGCUCUUGGCCUCGGAUCCCAAGGCCCGGAAGCGAGGGCCCAAGAGGCCCAGCAACCUCCAGGAACUGAAGGGGCAUGUGGUCGGGCUGCGCAGGUUGCUCGACAAGGAGGCCUCGGCCCACAUGCACAAGCUGGAGGCCGUGCAGAAGAACCUGAACGAUGUGAAGCAGCAAACCGACAAGGCCAGCGGCUCCUCUAUGCUCGGCAGGAUCGUGGACCAGACCAGGACGCUGGAGCAAUCUGUGGUGGCCAAAAGCUCGCAGUCGACUUGGAUGUUGUUCAUCCUGGUGGUGUCGGUGGUGGUCAUCGGAGCGCUCAUGUGGAACAGGAUGCAGUACUACGAGAGGAAGCACUUCAUCUAAGAUCGCUCGCAAAAACAAAAGAAGCUGCCCAGUCGGUCCGACUUGAUGUCUUCAGCUUGCC